AUGAGCGGCGAACGACGCAACCCCUGGAGCGGACGCUCGUCGCCACGCGGGCGCUCUCCGACUCCUCCACCUUUGCGCAGAGCCUACUGGGAUGAACCCGGCACGCCUACCGGCGGUCACAGGCCGCGCGCGAGACCGCAGCGCAGCGGAGAAAAUCUGUACGCGCAGUCUUCACCACGCGGAUCCGCGGCACCUUCGAGACGGCCCACGCCGAGCCCGAACGCAGGCGGAAGGAGGUACAGGCCUUUGGGAGAAGGCGGAGCAGAGCACUGGACCCUGCACAAGGAUACCGACCACUCUUCGCACAUGAACCUUACGAAGCUCCCCCACAAGCUCACGCCGACGAACUACGUAUCGUGGAUGACGACGAUGGAAUCAACGCUCGACACUAUCGAACUCUUCGAGUACGCUACCGGAGAAGUUCCCGAGCCCGAUCCGGAUGUCGACGAGGCGCGUGCGCGACGCUGGAAGCGCGCAAAUGCCUGCGUCCGACUCAUACUCGCGUCGAAUAUGACCGAGGAAGUCGUGUCGCAGAUCAGCCACCUCACGGUCGCGGCACAGGUCUGGCAAGAAGUGCGACGACUAUUCGCAGGCGAAACCCUUACCGACUGGACACUUCUUAUCACCAGUCUCAUCACGACGAAGUAUGCCGAUGGCGAAGAUCUGACCCUUCAUAUUGCGAAGAUGAAAGCGUACCGGCGAGAUCUCAUCCUCAUGUCCCGAAAUAUCCCUGACGACCUCUAUGCUUGUUUCAUCCGAAUCUCUAUGCCACAAUCCUGGAACUAUGUAUUUUCUGGCCUUUCUCAGUACUACACAUCUUCUGAGAUCGAACGACGUCUGAAGGAAGAAUAUGCCAUACGACAGAACCAGCAAUCGACAGCGCGAGCAUACAAUGCCAAGCAGCAGUCCGGCAAGCGAUCGAAGAAGGAAUACAAACCAGGCGACCCCUUCUGCAAGAAUUGUGAACGGCCCGGUCACUACAUCAAGGACUGCUGGUCGAAAGGGGGUGGAGCUGAGGGGAAGGGAACACGUAGUAAGAAGAAGGAGAAGAAGGAUUUGGAGAAACAGGAUGCGAAGGGGAAGGAGCGAGUGAACGAGGCGAAAGAAGACUCCGACCAUCUCUCGUGCAUGGCGGCACCCGGCUCAUCCUCCCGAUUCACCUGGAUUCUCGACGGCGGAUCUACCACUCACAUCUGCAGAACGAAAUCGGCCUUCAUUACAUUCACACCUUCGAGCAAGACAAUCGGCGGCAUUCGGAAGACAGGACCUCAACUUGAGGUGCACGGGAGAGGUGAUAUCCUCAUCCUAUGCCACGUUCAUAGCGGAGACCAGCACAUCGUCAUGCUACGAAAUGUAUGCUACUGCCCGGACGCACGUGACAAUAUUAUCUCGGAGAGCCGUAUGGAUCAGAAGGGACUAUCGAUCCACAAGCAGAAUGGCCUGGUAGCUGUCCAGAACUCGAAUGGGAAGGUUAUCAUGGAAGGUGCGCGACGACGUGACUUAUAUGAACUCGACUGCGCAAUCGCCCCUCCAUCCUCCCAUCCCUCUGAGAUCUCAUUCGCCGCCCAACUCUCUCCAUCUGAUAGCGAGCUUUGGCACCGCCGGCUUGCUCAUAUUGGACAGGGCAGUCUCCAAUACAUGGUAAAGCACGCCCUUGUCACAGGACUCGAUCUGAAAUCCGUAGAGACACUUGGCCCAUGCGACGGCUGCGCGAAGGGGAAGCAUCACCAAGCACCCUUUCCGAAGCAAGCCACCAAUCGUGCUACAAGCAUUCUCCAUCGCCUCCACAUGGAUCUUCAAGGACCAUUUGACCUAUCCAUCACCGGCUAUCGCUACACACUCGCUGUCGUUGACGACUACAGCCGCAAGGGAUGGAAGGCUUUCCUGAAGGCCAAAAGCGAUGCGACUUCGGAGAUCAAGGAUUUGAUCACACGCCUCGAGACAUUCUCUGACAAGAAAGUCAAGAUCGUUCGAUCCGAUGGUGGUGGCGAAUUUAUAGGCAACGACCUCCAGACAUAUUUCAAAUCGAAGGGGAUCAAACACGAGACUUCUGCUCCACACACUCCACCACAGAACGGCGUAGCCGAGUGCUAUAACCAGACGACACAUGAGCACGCCCUCUGCAUGUUGCAAGAAGCGAACAUGAGCUGGGGUUUUUGGCCUGAAGCCCAUGCAUACGCAUCACUCGUCUGCAAUCGGAGUCCUACAAGAGCCCUGGUUGAAUCCACGCCCAACGAGAAAUUCUAUGGCAAGAAACCAGAUGUCUCAACCCUUCGCAUUUUCGGAGCAUGCUGCCAUGUUCGCGUUCCCCCUGAAUCCCGAAAGAAGCUCGAUGCACACUCGCUUGAUGGCAUUUUCUGCGGUUUUGCACCUAAUCAGAAGGCGUACAAGAUCUGGAUCCCUUUGAGGCACAAGUUUAUGGUAUCUCGAGAUGUUAUUGUCUACGAGAAUGUCCCAACAAUGCCCGAGGACAAUGACCAAAACCCUGCUUUGAGCGAGGGGAUGACCGCGAGUAAGUCCACUCAAAGCAAUAGUCCUGACACGGCUGUUGGCAGAGAACCUUCCACGACAUCACCACCACAUCCUCCAACUCCUCAGGCUUCGGCAUCACCAGCUCCAGCGCCAAUCCCUACACCGCCCGAAAAUCAGCCAUCCACUGCAUCAGCACCCACUCCCACCAGCACUCCCGCACCAGCACCAAUGCCCCCACCAGCUCCCGCACCUCUCCGACGUUCAGAACGUGUCACGCGCCCAUCUUGGAUCAAGCAAGCUGCCGAGAAACAGCAGGCACAAGAACAGGCGAUGAAGACACACAACAAGGCGAUCAAGGAAGCACGCACACUGCGGAGACAAAUGAAGGUACAGGCGAGGACAGCUCCAGAACCCAUACCAGAGGACGCCGCAGUCCCAAUGACACCCGAAGGUGACGUCGCGCAAGUCGCCUAUAUGGCAGCAUUUGGCACGGACAUGCCGAUGAAUUUCCGUGAGGCGACGAAGUGCUCGGAGGCUGAUAACUGGUGGACAGCAAUGCACGAAGAGAUCGACAUGCUGCAGAGGCGUGGUACAUGGGUACUCGAGGACUUGCCACCCGGCCGGAAAGCCAUCGGCAACCGCUGGACAUAUGUUAUCAAGCGUGGCCCACAAGGCGAGAUCCUACGAUACAAAGCCCGACUUGUUGCACAGGGAUUUUCACAGAUUCCCGGCAUAGACUUCAAUGACACAUUUUCCCCCACUGUUCGACUUGAAUCUCUUCGGGCGAUCUUACAUCUCACCGCCGCACAUGGAUGGCAUCGUGGACAGGACGACGUGACUGGCGCGUUCUUGCACAGCAAGGUUGACGUUAUCAUUUAUAUGCAGCAGCCUGUCGGAUUUGACGACGGUACUGGACGUGUUUGUUGCUUACUGCUCAGCUUGUAUGGUCUUAGGCAGUCAUCCCACCUCUGGAACGAGUACAUGGAUGGCCAACUGUCAACAAUCUCAUUCCAUCAACUGAUCUGCGAUAGUGCCAUCUAUGUUCGUCGUACAGAAACCGGUGCGAAUUCCAUCCUGGCAAUCCAUGUUGACAAUACCCUCAGCUUCUCAGACUCAGCAGAGGAGCUUGCUUCUGUCCGAAAGCAGCUUCACAGUAUCUUUGAGAUGAAGGAGGAGGAUCCCAACUGGUUGAUGGAUUUUGAACUCAUUGACAAUCCCCAGGAACGUACUGUCUCCAUCUCACACCGCCAGUACAUCUCCACCAUUCUCAGACGCUUCAAAAUGGAGAAUUGCAUUCCUGUACCAACCCCCAUGGAGUCCAGUCUGCACCUCUCAGUUCACGAUGCACCGUCGACACCGGAGGAGAUCGCAGAGAUGAAGAAUCGGCCGUAUCGCGAACUUGUUGGCGCCCUGACUUGGAUCUCGGUCAUCUCGCGGCCUGAUGUAGCGUUUGUCAGCGCGCACCUCGCGCAGUUCAAUGCCAAUCCCGGCAAGAGGCAUUGGGAAGCCGCGAAGCGAGUGCUUCGAUAUCUCGCGGGCACUCGCGACCUUCGCCUCGAAUUGGGAACUGCGGACGAGGAAGGCGACACGAACGAAUUGGUCGGCUAUACGGACGCGGACUGGGUGCGCGACGUUGACACUCUACGCUCCGUCUCGGCAUACGUUUUCCAGCUCGGCAACUCAUCAAUAGCCUGGAGCAGCAAACGCCAGACGACCAUUGCCUCAUCGUCGACUGAGAGCGAAUAUAUGGCCUUGUCUUAUGGCGCGAAACAGGCACUGUGGUACCGGCAUUUCCUCACGGAAAUUGGACUCACUCUCGGAGGAACCCCUACCACACUCCUAACAGACAAUAUGGCUGCCAAGGACAUUGCGAAGGAUACCCGUCACCAUGGACGUACCAAACACAUCGACGUACAGCACCACUUCGUCCGCGAGCGCAUACAAGAUGGAAACUUCAAUGUCAUUCACUGUCCCACUGCAGCAAACAUUGCUGAUGGACUCACCAAGCCCCUGGACAAGGAGCCAUUUUCCAAAAUGGUUUCUGAUUUAGGACUCUCACUCCAUUGA